CCCGCCCGGGCCCGAACCGCACCGCCUCCCGCAGCUCCCUCCUGCCCUCGCUCCCCUCGCGCCCGCAAGUCGCGUCGCCGGCGAUCCACACCUCUGCCACGCCCCGCCGCCGGCGACCUUCACCGCCGGACCUCCGGCCACUCCGCCGCCUCGCCCCUCUGCCUUCUCCUCCUUCUCCUCCUUCCUCUCGAUCUCCUCUCACAUCUCUCCCUCUUUCUCGCUGAACAGGGACCUCCACGAGGGCCAUGGCGCCGCCGGCCCUCAAUCUCGCCGGAUCCGGCCGCCUCCACGCCAAAUCCGCCGAAAAUGGAUCCACCCCGGCCAGAUCCGCCCGGAUCCGACCGGGCCUCCUGCCGUACGACGCCUCAUCGAGGAGUACAACAGCUGCCCCAUGCCAGCCAAGAUCCUCCAGAUCCUCUCCACCCAACCGCCGUCAUUGCAGGAGGACUUUGACGAGUGGCUCACCAAAAAGCUUCCCCAAAUCCUACAAGAGGCUCAGGUUAGACGAGCCGCUGACAAAGACACACCUCUAUUCUGAAUUUUUACUUGCAAAGAUGGACCAUCAGCUACAGAAUAUGUUGGCUAAACUCUCACAGGUUUGGAGCCGACCACGGAAGUCACAGUUUAAGAGCUCGAGGAGGAGGGGCAUGUGGAGGUUUCCGCCGCCAGUGGCUGCACUGCUGGUCUUCGUCGCCUGCUGCUGUCAGAUCCAGCAUGACCUAUCCUAUCGGUUCUCCAUCGCUUCACUCUGCUUCAUGUGCAUAUGUGCGGAGAAUAUGACGACCCGCCCCUGUUCUUCACCAGCCACACUCUCCCUUAUGCGCACAAUAACCAUCAUCGCAGAAGCUUAGCUGAUAGGCGGUGAGCUUUUUGGAGGAAGCGGAGACGAAGAUUUCUAUUGGCCAAAAAGAUGGAGGCGCCAUGGGAAGCACUGACGAGCAACAGUCUCAGCCGAUGCAUCGACGAGCUGAGGCGGGCUUCCAAUAGAGAAAUAAGGAGGAUAAUAAGACUAUUGGAGGUCACCAUUCAAGGAUUUUGAUAUCUGAAUGUUAUGACAAUAGCCCUCCGCGUCCUGGUGGCCACUGUAUGCUGCAGCGAAGGGCACACUUCAAUUAGUGUGCAGGCAAAUGCGCUGAUCCCGGGUGUGAUUUGACAUUGUGAUUUGCAGUUUAUCAAGGUCGUCAUUAGCCGAGCCGUUCCUAUGCUUCGAUACACAUGCCUGAAUCUGGAUACACUCCAGUGCUGAUGGUAAUACUUUCAGUCACUCACAAACAAUAAGCUUCAGCAUACAAAGCAGAGCCCAAUGCUAUUGGAUUGGUGUGCUGGUAUGCAAUUCCUUGUACAUUUUACUUCUAUAUAGGAUUUCCGAUUACUGGGUGCAAACUUUGUACAAGGCAGUCUGAGCUACCACUUGGUGAAGAUGCGAUCCAAUAUGUUCAGUGAUACCCUUUUUUGUGUGUAGGGAAUCACUGAUAUGAUACAACUAUUUGUUAUCUGAAUUUUUGAAUAUAUGUACACCCAUGGUGAUGUUUCGGUGCUCAUUUAUAAAGCAUUCGUCUAUGAAUGAAUUUUCUGAAUAUUACCACAUGCAAUGUGUAUGUAUGAUAAUAGUAGUACACUUGCGAUGAUGCAAAACACUUUUGAUGAUGUUGUUCAAGUAUUGUACUACAGUUCCAUUCAAGUCAUUUUUUCCACGGGCAUUUGUACUUAUAUAAAUAUAUACAUAUACAACACUCUUAUAACGUAGUAAGUCUUUUGGUCAAAUAAGCUACUUAGCAACUCAACUUUGCACGUCGCUUUGCGGGCAUCGCCGCUGUCACCUCGUCCGCCAGCAUCAGCGCUGGCAGCAAAGACAACAAGCCAUCAGGUGAGUUCAUCAUUAUCUCCUUCCACCUGCCAUGUAUAAAUUAAGAAAUAAUACAUUGAUUUACAAAAAAUACUCAGUGUAACCUUAUUUCUGACUUUUACAAAAUUAGAUCAACAAAAUAUUGCAUAAUGCCACUGGAGCAGGUUAUAUUUCAUUUUUCGCCCGGUGCAACGCACGGGCAUUUGUACUAGUGAUUUCCAAAAAAUUCUACAUCAUUUCCGAUCGACAAUAUGUCAUUUACAUAUACUUAUCAAAAAGGUUGUAGUGCUCCCUGAUGUCUACUACGCAACCUUCUUCUUGUAUACAAUAGAUCUGGUACACAACAUGGUCCGGAUAGCCCUCUGUUGUUUAAUAGUGUGGAGAGAUUCAUAAGCAAUCAGAGUAUUAUCAAUAAUAAGUCUGUCAGGCACAAAGGCACUCUGAAACUCAAAAAUGACAACGGGUAGAAGUAACUUCAGACGAUUAGCCAAAACUUUGGAGGCAAUCUUAUAAAGAAAAUUACACAGACUAAUCGGAUGAAAAUUCUUUAAAUGAUUGGCUCUUGCAAUUUUUGGAAUAAGCAUAAUCACUGAGUCACAAAAAGCAUCAGCAAUGGACCUUCCCUCCAAUAAACUUCUGACCGCCGUCGCCCAAAAAAAUUCCAAUGAGUGGUAGAAUAGGGCGGGAAGGCCAUCCGGACCAUGAGCCUUUGUAGGCCCCAUGUGAAAAAGAGUUGUCUUGAUCUCUUCAUUACUGUAGGGUUUACAUAAAUCAACAAUCAUCUCAUUAGUAAAUUUAUGCGAAAUAGCAUAAAAAACAACGUUAGCAUCAUCACAAGGAUCGGAAGUGAAAAGGUUCUCAUAAGAUUUAUGCAUCAUACUUUUAAUCUCCAUUUGUGAAUCACAAAGAGAACCAUCAUCCCGGACAAAACAGUGAACUUUGUUAGUACAUUUCCGAGCUGUAGCACGAGCAUGGAAGAAAUUUGUAUCCCGGUCUCCCUCACGGAGCCAGCCCAUCCUGGAGCGUUGCCUCGCCUUAAUCUCCUUACAGAGUAGUGAUUCAAUUGAUCUUUCAUCCGCUAAAGAAGUCGCAGUGACCGGUGCAGAUCUAAUGGUACCUAGCGGUGUUUCAACUUUAAAAUCUGCUUGCGAAUAGACCCAAAAGAGUCACGACUCCAAAUCUUGAUAGCACUCGUCACAUGGUGUAGGUCAUGGUUAUUAGGUUAGGGGAGUAUAGUAUUUUCUUUUAUAUCACGUUGGGCUCUUUUGCAAGUAAAUAUUAAUGAGAAUUGAGCGUAGCUCAGUCGGCAAGGCGCCGGAGUUCGCGGCCAGCCCAUCAGGGUUCAAGUCUCGGCUUGAGUGCGUGGUGCUCACGGAGUUUUCUUCUAUAAAAAAAAUGCCAACAGGCUAGUCUAGCCCGGGUUGGUCACUUUUUUUAAAAGUAAAUAUUAAAAAAAAGUUAUUCCGUGGAAGGUUUCCAUGUUGCAUGAUGGGUGCGGGCUGACGUACGUGCAUGUGAGCGUUCGUUCGGGAGUUCGUUCUCCGCGCCGCACCUCCGAUCCUCCGAAGCCAGUCGGUUGCACGCAAUAUCGCCCGGAGCCGAUUCGGCCGCACGCGCGGCUAAAGGCUGCCAACAUCGGCAAGGUCGCGGAUUUCGUUGGCCCCGCAGCGCUCUCGGCGCAGUGGACACCGCCGGGCAAUGGCCACGUCGUCGACGCUGAGCCAGACGCAGCGGUACGCUGCGGGUGCGCUCCUCGCGCUCGCGCUCCGCCAGGCGCAGAUCCACCAGCGCGUCCUUCUCGGCUCCCACGGCCUCGACGAGGGCCCGGACCCUGAGACGGCCGUCCUCUCCAGCGACGACCCCGACGGCCGCGACCUCUGGACCCACGACUCCCGCGGCCUCCUCCGCCCCGUCCUCAGGUUUCUCGAGAUCGACCCCAAGGCCUGGCCGGGCGUGGAGAAGACGGCGGCGACAUCCGAGCCCAAGCACCACAUUGGAGCCUUCCUCCGGAAAGUGUUCGAGGACGAAGACGACGGCGAGAAGGCCGCCGCCGAUAGGUCCGACCUCGAGCUCGCGCUCGCCAAAGCCGUCGACGCGAUGGCGAUGGGCCUGGAGAACGACGUUGCAGCGGGCAACUUGUUCAAACAACACGUGUUCGGCGCCGACAAUGACGAAGAACCGGCUGACGACGGGUCGCCGUCGUCGCCGGGCGGCGGCGGGCGCUCCAAGGACUACCGGAAGAUGGCGGUGCUGUACAUGCUCCUCUCAGCCUGCGUGGCGGACGUGAACAUGGACGAGGACGGCAUGGGAUCCCCCCGCAUCAGGAAGGGCUACGACGCCCGCCACCGCGUUGCGCUCCGGCUGAUCGCGACUUGGCUCGACGUCAAGUGGAUCAAGAUGGAAGCUAUCGAGAUAAUGGUUGCUUGCUCUGCUAUGGCUGCAGCGAAAGAGGAAGAGAAAUCGCGUGAAAGUACGUCGCCGAGAAGCAGGUGGCAGAAAUGGAGGCGCGGGGGGAUCAUCGGCGCCGCCGCCUUGACCGGAGGGACGCUCAUGGCCAUCUCCGGGGGUCUAGCUGCUCCAGCGAUUGCUGCAGGGUUCACUGCUCUUGCUCCGACGUUGCACGCACUUGUCCCUGUUAUUGGGGCUAGCGGAUUUGCUGCUAUAGCCACUGCUGCUGGACACACCGCUGGCUCAGUAGCAGUUGCUGCAUCAUUUGGAGCUGCUGGAGCUGGGUUAACUGGUUCCAAAAUGGCCAAAAGAAUUGGGAAUGUGAAAGAAUUCGAGUUCAAAGCCCUCGGCCAGAACCAUAACCAGGGUCGCCUAGCAGUCUGCAUCAUGGUUUCUGGAUUCGCUUUUAAUGAAGACGAUUUUUUAAAGCCGUGGGAAGGAUGGAAAACUAACUUAGAGAGGUACAUUCUUCAGUGGGAGACUAAGCAUAUAAUUGCCUUGAGUACAGCAAUACAGGAUUUUCUCGCAUCAAGAUUUGCAAUGGAGCUGAUGAGGGAAGGCGCGAUGCAGACUGUGUUAAGCGGUAUAAUUUCAGCAUUUGCAUGGCCUGCUACCUUGGUAGCUGCUGCAGAUUUUAUUGACAGCACAUGGUCCGUUGCUAUUGACAGAUCAGAUAAGGUUGGGAUAAUGCUUGCUGAAGUGUUGCUCAAUGGACUGCAAGGAAGCAGGCCUGUCACUCUCAUAGGUUUUUCACUCGGUGCGCGUGUCGUGUUCAAAUGUUUGCAGGAAUUAGCUCUUUCGGGCAAUAACGAGGGAAUCGUCGAGAGGGCUGUGCUGAUAGGUGCACCGAUUUCAGUUAAUGACGAGUUGUGGGGGCCUGCCAGGAAGAUGGUUGCUGGAAGGCUUGUGAACGUGUACUCCACCAAGGACUGGAUCCUCGGCGUCACUUUCCGGGCGAGUCUGCUCACGCAAGGCUUGGCUGGCAUCCAGGCGGUCCAAGUCCCCGGAGUUGAAAAUGUUGACGUUAGCGAGCUCGUCGUCGGGCACUCCUCCUACCUGGGACUCAUGCAGCAGAUCCUGGAGCAGCUGGAGCUGAAUACUUACUACCCGGUGUUCUCCCCCUCCACGCCCAGGUCCAGCACGCCCAGAUCGAAAUAACCGCGAUGAACUUCUGCUACUCAGGAACGGUGUUAUCUGUGAUGAAUGUAGUCACCAAAGGCUGUAGCUAAUAAAGGAAACUUUUGUUGUAAGGGAAAGGAAAAAACGAUCAGGGUACUUGUAGUCCGUUUUAUCCAUAAGUCUCAGCAUUUUCAUAGAAAUGUUUGACUAGCGAAAUACACAUGCGAGUAAAAAGCUGACACCGUGAGUUUAGAAGAUAUGUCAUUUUAUGCCGGAUCAAACUAUUCAACUCAAGAUCGGAUCGCAUUCCUUGUGGUUAGGAGCAACAUUGUCAGGUUUGAAAAUUGGGUGGGUUGAGCAUGAGAAUUGUUUGUCCCUGUA